AUGGUCAAUGGGGUUCCAGGUGCUAAGUUUAGAAGCUCUCGUGGCCUUAGGCAAGGAGACCCCUUGUCACCAUUCUUAUUCACCAUGGUUAUGGAGGGUUUCUGCCGGAUGAUUGCAAAAGCGGAAGAAAAUGGUCGGAUAGCUGGUUUUAAGGUCUCAAUGGACGGACCCGUUGUGUCUCACUUGCUUUUUGCGGAUGAUACAUUACUUUUUAGCGCAGACGAGGCUCAAAGCAUCCACACCAUGAGAGCAAUACUGACCUGUUUUGAGUUUGUAUCGGGAUUAAGUAUAAAUCUUACAAAAAGUACAGCAAUAAGUAUUGGAGAUACCACACAAGAUGAGAGACAGUAA